UUAGGACAGCAAAAAUCAUUCACAUCCUAAGGCAUUUUAACUUCAAAAGCUAGCAUCCUAUCUACAACUCUCUAUUCCCAACUUUCUCUUCCCAAAUAUAUAUAUAUAAAAGAUGGGUUUUCGUUUACCUGGUAUCCGAAAGGCUUCCCUUCCAGCAAUCCAAGCAUCUUCAAAAGCUGUGGAUGUGCCAAAGGGUUACCUUGCAGUCUAUGUUGGAGAUCAAAUGAAGCGGUUUAUGAUUCCUGUUUCAUACUUGAACCAACCUUUGUUUCAAGAUUUGUUGAGUCAAACUGAGGAAGAUUUUGGCUAUGAGCAUCCAAUGGGUGGUCUCACGAUUCCUUGCAGAGAAGAUGUGUUCUUGGAUAUCACUUCUCGCUUAAUGAGGUGCUAAUCCGUGAAGAUCAGACUGAUUUAAAUGUAUAUAGAAAAGUUUUGUAGCAUAGUUUCUUAGCUUGAAAAUAGUCUCUCUCCAAUUUUAUUAUAUAAAUUUGGACAGUACAGCAAUUGUUACAAUAAAUUUCCUGCAUGAAGAGUUUUCUCA